AAGAAAAAAAAUACCGAUAGGAGAUUUGAAUUUUCGCUCUUUAAUCGUAAUUAAAACCAUUAAAAACCUUUCGCAAUGCCUGUUUAUAAUGAUAGGCAUGCGAUAAUGCAUAUAAUUUGUUUUGAUAGCGAAACAUAAUAUAAUAUUCAAUCAUUGAUCUACUAAGGCACUGUAAGACUGAAGUGAAAAUGGCCCGGACCAUUUUCACCAAUUUUCAGUUACUUUUCAAUUGGCUGUACGUUUCCACGCCAACUUUUCCGGUGAAAGGAGAUCAGGUAUCUAUUCUAACCAAACCAGAUGAAUUCUACGAUUCGUUGGUUAAUCGAUGUAGUCAAGCUACUUCCCGAAUUGUGCUCGCUUCUUUAUACUUAGGAACCGGGGAUAAAGAACAAAGACUGGUUGAUACUAUCGCUGCUAGAGCUAGCGAACGCGAGUCUCAUCUUAGGAUUAAAAUUUUACUGGAUAAUUUUCGAGGAUCUCGAGGAGAAUUGAAUUCUAGACAAAUGUUAUUAUCGGUUUUGGAACAAAAAGCUCAUGUACAGGUUGCUUUGUAUCGUACUCCAAAAGUAGGAAAUUUUCUAAGCAAGAUUUUACCUCCAAGAUACAACGAAUUGAUCGGUUUACAACAUAUGAAGAUAUACGUAGUCGAUGACGAUGUCAUGAUCAGCGGUGCUAAUCUGAGCCAUGACUAUUUCACGAACCGGCAAGACAGAUGUAUAUUGAUCAAAGAUAAUAAACAAAUAGCUGAUUUCUUCGAAGGAGUUGUUAGUAUUUUAUGCGACGCGUCGUUACAAUUAGACAAACACGAUCAACUUUCAGUACUAGGAUCGAAAACCGAACCUCAAGAUUACGUAAUGAAUGUCCAGGAUCUAAAAUAUAAAUUAAUAUCGUAUUAUUCUUCGUUUAUCCAUUCGCCUAAACAGAAUCAAACUUCGGAAUACGAUACGUGGAUCUUCCCUACAAUUGAAAUACCACCCUGUGACAUACAUAUCGACAGCACCGCUGUAGGAGAAGUAUUAGCAAACAUACCGAAUAACUCUCACGUUCAUUUAGCCAGCGGUUACUUCAAUUUAAACGAUAAAUACGUAUCAGCUAUCUUAAAAUCUAACGCAAAAUACGACGUACUUGUUGCACAUCCUACGGCUAACGGAUUCUACCAGUCGAAUGGAUUAUCUGGUUAUAUCCCCGAUAUGUAUACUUGCCUGACUGAAAGAUUCUUACAAAAAGUCGAGUUGAAUUAUUUAACCGAUCGGAUCAAUAUACACGAGUAUAAAAGACCCGAAUGGACUUUCCAUGGUAAAGGUAUUUGGGUUACUCCUCCUAAUGAAAAUACUCCUCAGCUUACUGUUAUAGGAUCAUCGAAUUAUGGUGCCAGAUCCCAGGAUCGAGAUUUAGAAAGUCAGAUUAUUUUACUAACGGAAAAUGAAAAUUUAAGACAUCAAUUGCAUAGAGAACAUCAGAAAAUGUAUCAGUACUCGGAAACUUUUGAUCGUAAGACCUUAGUCGAAGAAAAAAGAUCACCUAGAAGCUGGAUCGCUUUUUUAGUUCUUUUGUUGAAGAGUUAUUUUUAAAUACUAUUACUUUCUUUAGAUAAUAUUGUAAACAUUGUGAUAUGCGUCGGUAGCUUUUGAAAUAUUAAUAGUAUGUAUUGCAGAAGAAUAUAUUAUCGUGAUAGAAUUAAAUGAAAAAUAGUUGUGGUUUUAAAAUUUUAAAAGUGAUUGUUUGUUUUGUAAUUUUUGCAUUUAUUUUUAAUACUUAGUUGACGCAUUAUUGGAAUAUAUUAUCGAAAUUUCGCGUUCA